AUGUCAUCACCUACUUCUUUAACACCAGUAACACCUACUAAUAAACGUGAAUUAACUCAAGAAGAAAAAGACAUUAUUCAUCCCAUGAUUCGUGUUGACCAGUCCGGCGAAGUAGGUGCCUAUUACAUUUACAAGGGUCAAAUUGCUGUAUUAGGACAGAAUCCUAAACUUCGCCCUUUAUUGGAAAUGAUGUGGGACCAAGAACGUGUUCACUUGGAGCUUUUUAGUGAUCUUGUAGGUCAACACAGAGUACGACCCAGUCUUUUGAGGCCUGUUUGGGAAAUAGCAGGAUUUGUUGUAGGGGCGGGAACCGCCCUGAUGGGUAAAGAAGCAGCUAUGGCAUGCACAGAAGCGGUUGAGACAGUUAUUGGUGACCAUUAUAACGACCAACUGCGAAAGCUUCAUGAACUCCAGAACCCUAAUGAUCAAUUAAAUUAUUUAUCCAAAACAAUUGCAAAAUGUAGGGAUGAUGAAUUAGAACAUCAUGAUAUUGCAGUGGAGCAUGACGCUCGACAAGCCCCUUUACAUAGUCUUUUGAGUGCUGUUAUUAAACAGGGAUGUAAGACGGCUAUUUGGGUUGCUGAACGUGUCUAA